GUGGUUCUUACAAUAUAUACAACACACUUUAUAUCGAUCGGAAAAGAAGGGUUCACGUCACUUUAAAACAGUGUUCAACAAAAAAAGAAAAAGAGAUUUUUCUGAGAAGGAAAAAAAUCCUUGAAUUUUAGCUUUUAAUGACACCAGCUUCGUUCCAACUUAAUUAGAUUGCAAUCCUGUCCAGGUCAAGACCAGAAUUUGAGUGGCUUAGAUGAGUCGAACGCAGGAUCGAGUCGAGCCAAUCAUCAUAACCUCAGCCUUAUCCACACACCAGAGAUAGCGUAGGAGGAGAUAUGUCACGGGCCGCCACCGGGAUCUUCCAAACCAAGGAAUGGCCACCCCGGCUCUCUUCAUCCCCACCGUCGGCAAUGGCUUUGUGCGCAGCUCAUUCCCGCGCUUUUCCUUUCCUUCUCUUUCCGCCGCAAGAAUCAUCAAACCAGCCAGGAUCUACGCAAAUCUAGGUGGAGCGGAUGGAGAGGCGAAGCCUGCCAAGAAGAAGUUCAUCACCAGGGAAGAAGAACCAGACCAAUAUUGGCAGACGGCAGGUGAGAGGAAAGGGGAAAACCCCAUGAAGACACCUUUGCCGUACAUCAUCAUCUUCGGUAUGUCGACGCCUUUCGUCAUCCUCGCCAUUGCAUUUGCUAAUGGCUGGAUCAAGAUGCCCAUGAAGUGACUGAGAGAGAGAGAGAGAGAGAUGGCAGUUUAUGAUCGUUGUUUAGCUAACACAAAAACGUGUACUGUCUACUGUUUCGAUCAACAAAGGAGUUUGUCUGCAGUAA